AUGUCAAACAGUGAAGAAAGAAAAGGAAAAUCGACCCUAUGUCCUAAGGUAGCGAAUGCGCAUUCUCUACAUACACGCCAUUUGAAUUCGUGCGCCGAACGAAGCAAGUGGUUGUUUAUUAUGGACUCUGAGCUGUGGAAGGUGUGAAGGUUAAGUGCGUGAAUUUUCAGACCAAUUGCUUAGAUUUUCCUAGGACAUAAUUUUGUGGAAGAGAAUUGCUAACCAGAUCAAAAUGCCAAACGUUUAUGUACGGAAGUCAAGUAAAGGGUCCUGGUCACAGGAGGAUCUACAACAAGCUAUCGGGGUCAUCGAAAAUGGGUUAUCCAUACGGUCAGCAGGCAAACAGUUCAAAAUUCCCGAGUCCACCUUAAGAAAUAGGUUAAAAAAGAAUUCUUUUGAAAAGAAAGGGAUGGGCCCAGAGGCACAACUAGGCAUUGAUGCCGAAAACAAAUUGUCUCUGCACAUAAAAAAACUUCAGGCCGUUGGAUUCGCACCAACACAACGAGAUGUAAGACACCUGGCGUUCAAUUUAGCAACAUCGUUGAAUAAGAAACACACUUUCAAUACGGAAACGAAGACAGCAGGAAAAGUUUGGUUUUCAUCUUUUAUGCGACGACAUCCUGAGUUAAGUGUCCGAAAAGCUCAAGGAAUAAGCAAAGCCAGGACAGAAGGAAUGAAUCGCGCUGAAAUAAAAAAUUAUUUCACUCUUUUGACUGAUAUUCUAACCGAGAAUGAUCUUUUAGACAAACCAGCUUGCAUAUGGAAUUGUGACGAAAUUGGAGUUCAGCUAAAUAACGAACCUGGUAAGGUUAUUGCAGCUAAAGGUAGCAAGGAUGUUCAUGUUGUCACGAGCGCGGAAAAGGGUGAAACAAUUACCGUUCUAGCUUGCUGCAGUGCAGAAGGGCAAUUUUUACCCCCUUACUGUAUUUUUAACGGAGUCUACGCAAAAUCCCAACAUUUGAAGAGCGCACCACCUGGAACAGUAAUUAAAAUGAACAAAAAAAGCGCUUAUAUUACCACUGAACUAUUUAUGGAUUGGAUGACGCAACAUUUCAUUCCCCGAAAACCGACAGGUAAAAAUCUACUGGUACUUGAUGGCCAUGCUUCGCAUAUGAAUAGCGCAGAUAUGCUUCAAAUCGCCUCAGACAACGAUAUUAUCAUCGUUUGUUUACCGAGUCACACCACGCACUAUUUGCAACCUUUAGACCGGGUUGUAUUCAAACCUUUCAAAACCUAUUUCAAAGACGCAUGUGCAAAGAUGGUUUCUACUCGUCGUGGUACGGGGAAAAUUACAAGAGACGACUUCGGAGAACUUUUAAAUUCAGCUUGGUCUCGUUCUGCUACUGUGCAACUCGCCACUUCUUCGUUUCGAGCAACAGGUAUCUAUCCUUUAAAUAUGGAUGCUAUUCCUGAACAUGCAUAUUUGUUGUCGUGUGAUCAAGAUGCUCCUGUCACACCAGGAAUCGGAACACCCGAUCCCAUAUCUGCAACUGAUCAAACUCCAGUCACUCCCCCAAGCGCAAUUUCAUCAGAAGUGUCAUUCCUAGAUGAAGUUAACUCCCAACCUUCAACUUCUAAAGCCCGUUCCCCUGUAAAAACUUCAAAAGGAAACUCGCAACCAUUCUCCAAGACUUCACCUCAAAGUAAAAUGGCGACUUCACCGAAAUCUAAAAUAACACCAAACAAAGCUUUAGCAACAAUAUCACCUAUCCCUGCCAGUUUGGGGCAAUCGAAAGUGAAAAGAAAGAUAAGUGCAACAAAUGUACUUCUCCUGAAUACAUUUCUAGCAAACAAAAAAAAAUUCAAGAAACGUUAAAAAAGAAAGAGGAUCAAGAAAGAAAGAAACAAGUUGCGACGUCGAAGAUCCAAAAAAUACCAAAAGGUAAAAAAAGGUUAAAACGUGAUUCUCCUCCAUCAACCUCGUCUGGUGAAGAAAGUGACCUAAUGGAACUUCUAUCAGAUACUGCCAUUGAAUCCGAGGACGAAGCAUGUGUUGAGUGCUUGGAGAUUUAUGCACAAACAACUUCGAAAUCGGACUGGAUAAAAUGCAUGUCAUGCAGUAGAUGGUUGCACGAGUCCUGCACAAUGUAUGUCAACAAGUGCUAUUACUGUGGCCGGAAAGAAAUCCGACAAAAGAACUUAAAGAAGUGAUUAACCUUUUGUUUUAAAUUUAAAGUUUUGUUUGAGUUAGUAAUUUUAGUUCGUUAUUAUGAAGAUAGUAUUUUAGUGUAUUCAAUAAUUAUAGUUAAGUAUAAGUAUGUAACCAUUGUACUUAUUCUGUUUAAAAAAUGUCAACAAAAUUUAUUUUAAGCACAAAAACUCAAAUUUCUGCACACGCGCAGUCUCUCCUCACAUCAUGCGCAAACUAACCUACCUGGUUAGGAGAGAUGGCGAAAAAUCAUUCUUUUUUCAAAAUUUUGUUGUUCCGAAAAAAAGAAAGUUCAAAAGUUUUAAUAGUGAAUUGUGUAAGCGCAACAUAGCAAAGAUUAUAUUACAUUAGCUAUUUGGUAAAUUUUACAAAAAUCUUAAUUGUUAUA